CACGCCCAAGAUGGCGGCAGGAUUGAAAAGUUGUUCUCGGCGGUGUGUGCUCUGACCGGGGUGGGUAGGGAAGGGACAGUGUGGUCCAGGGAAGCCAGUGUCUAGUCCACGCAACGAAUGGGCGGCUAGGCCUGGGUUGGAGUGGUUGUCUGAUGUCGCUGCCGUAAUGUCAGUGUGGGCGGGAGUCGGUUUUCUUUUCGCCGUCACCCUGGUUGUAAGGAGUUACCGCUGGUUCUUCAGCUAGAAAUGGAGGAUGAUGCGAAGAAAGGUAAAAAGCCUGGAAUCGUGUCACCGUUUAAGCGUGUUUUCCUGAAAGGAGAGAAGGGACGUGAUAAGAAGGCACAAGAAAAGGUUACAGAACGAAGACCGUUGCAUACAGUUACCCUGGCCUUGCCAGAUCACAGAGUUGAACCAGAGAUUCUGUUGAAUGAUUAUAUUGAAAAGGAAGUAAAGUAUUUAGGGCAACUCACGUCAGUGCCUGGUUACCUGAAUCCAUCCAGUCGAACUGAGAUACUGCACUUGUUAGAUAAUGCAAGGAGGGCACAUCAGCUUCCAGGACCACUAACAUCAGAACAAGAUGCCGUGAUUAGUGUGUCUGCAUACAAUGUUAAAUUGGUGUGGCGGGAUGGUGAAGAUAUUAUCCUCCGACUUCCAAUCCAUGACAUUGCAGCAGUCUCUUAUAUCAGAGAUGAUUCCCUUCACCUGGUCAUUUUUAAAACUGCCAAUGAAUCUGGGAAUUCAACCAAUCAAAGCACUGAAGAUUCGACUAAAAUACAGAUGUCGGUGUCAGAAAGUGGAGCAGGAACCAUGGAACCGUGUAGUCUGGUGGUGGUGGUUGUAGAGAAUAAAGCAGCUGCAGAAGAACUCUGUUCUCUUCUUAGUCAAGUCUUCCAAGUUGUUUACACAGAGUCCACAAUAGACUUUUUGGACAGAGCAAUAUUUGAUGGUGCAUCUACCCCAACUAAGCACAUGUCUAUAUACAGUGAUGAUUCAAGUAAAGCGGACGUUAAAGAGCCGUAUGAUGCAGAAAUCAGUAACUUGUCUUUUCAGGGUUCAGAUACAGGAGGAAAUUCACCAUCUUCAACUCUACCAUCACCUCAGAUCAAAAAUGUCAGUGACAGUGAGCUCAGUACUUCUGCAGCUGAAUUGCUUCAGGAUUACAUGAUGACACUGAGAACGAAGUUAACAUCUGAAGAAAUCCAGAAGUUUGCUACACUUCUACACGAGUACCGCAAUGGUGCCUCAAUUCAUGAAUUUUGCAUCAGUCUUCGACAGUUGUAUGGUGAUGGUAGAAAGUUUCUUUUGCUUGGACUCCGACCUUUCAUUCCAGAAAAAGACAGCUUACACUUUGAAAAUUUCCUUGAAACUAUUGGUGUCAAGGAUGGAAGGGGCAUUAUAACAGACAGUUUUGGCCGAUACAGAAGGACUUUGAGUAAUGCAUCCAAUUCAACUACAAAUGGCAAUGGAGCAACUGCAGGCUCAGAUGAUCAGUCUGUGCCUUCUGAAGGUGAUGAAUGGGAUAGAAUGAUCUCUGAUAUUAGCCAUGAUAUAGAGGCCCUUGGCUGCAGUAUGGACCAUGAUUCAUCUUGAAAUGAAAUUUGCACAUCCAGUUAGUAGCCGUCAAACUUCCUUCUUAUACCGAUGUGUUCUUAAAUGAAGUUUACUACAAUGUGAAUAUUUAAAUGGAUUGUUAAAACAUUUCUAAAAAAUGAAGAAAUCAGGCCAUAACUCUUUUUUAUCGCUGAAAAACUGCUUAUUUGUAUUGAAACCUUUUGUAACAAAGCAAAUACCUGUUAGGCUUGCUUCUCCCAGUCGUGAGCAAGACUUUCCUUGUCAUAUCACGUGGUUUUGUAUCUGAACUGCACAAUGUUACAUAUUGCAGUAUACUGUGAUGUCAGGGAUGAUUUGAUUCACUUCUGGACAGAUUUUUUAUUUUCAAUCCAAGAAGUUGAAAUUUAUGUCCCAUUUCUGCUCUAUGGUGUUGCAGCAUGAGGUGAUGUCUGGUGCUUGCAAAUAAUACUGCACACUUUGAAUUCCUGUAAAUCUUGGCUGCAUGUUCAAAUGUAGCUGCUGAAAUUUGCCUUGUGACCAAACAAGGCAACAUAUUUCCAUUCUUCUCAUGGGAGGUGCAGAAAAGCUGGUAUGUGAUUGUGAAAGUUGAGCUUGUAUAUAGUUGGAGUGCAUUAUUGUGAUUGCAAAUAACUAAAAUUUUGGUAAAGACAAUUGAAAGAAGAAAAAUUGGCAUUUUUCUUAAAUGCAGAGAACCAUGCUGCAGAUUUUAUGUUCUGCUUUCAAAUAUUUGCUUUAAAAAUUCCUGCAGUUGUCUGCUAUUCCUGCAAUAUUUAUGCUCUACUUCCAUUUUCAAAUAAGGGAAAGCAUUAUCAUUUAAACUUGUAGAGUUUUAUACAAAGGUUUAAUGUUCUGGUGAAAUGAACAGUAAGGUGCACCAUAAUGGUGUGUCUGUAUAUUGAUACUUUUCAAAAUGUCCUUUCUAUUUCUGCACACCCAAUGCAAGGAUUUUUAAAUUUUAAAUUCUAAUUAAAAAAUAAGGGCUAUUUAAUCAUAGCCCGUGCAAAUUUUUCAUGUAAUAUGCUGUAUUUACUCUCCCAUUUAAUGAAAUUUAAAAGAAAGAAAAAUGUUCAUGAAACUGGAGAUGCAAUUUCAAAUUUUGGUUAAUAGUCAAUUUGGAUGCUGUAUUUAUACUGCAUUUAAACAACCUUUCUUAAAUAUUCUAUUUGUUUAUUGGCAUGACUCAACAUUUUACCAAUAGAUGUACUGUAUUGUAUGUAUAUGUGAUAGUGUGCAGUGGGUAGAAUGUAUGAAAUUAAUAUGCAUAGCAUGUGGAAACAAGAAAACCUCAAGAUCAAUCUGAAAGAAUGGAUUUGCUAUUACUGCCAGUAUAAUGGUCUUUGGAGCCACUAACUUUUAUGGAGUGUUGUCAGAUGCUUCAAUAUCCCAUUCAUUCGUUUGUAGUGAAGUAACUUGGUAACAGUGCUUCAGGUGAUUUAAUUUUAUGCUUGGUUUGUAAACCUAAAUGUAAUAUUAUACUCUAGCAAGAUCUUUUAAAUCCACUUCAGUGUCCCUUUCAAAAUAUUUUAGUGUCGUAAAUUCAGAUAUUAAUGAGUUGAAAACCACUGGCAUUGUACUGGCAGACUGCAUGGUGGGUUUCCCGAUUUGGAUGCUCAAUUAAUUGUACUUACCGAAGGAAGUGGCUGUGUGUACCAUGUCGUUAUGGUGAUUGUUGUCUUUUAAAUAUUAGGAUGGAGGUAGGGUAAAAUACAACUGUAUAUCAGUGAAAUAUUUCAAGUACAAGAAGAUGUAAAUGUUUGAACUUUUCAGGUACAAGGGAUAUCAAGCUACCCUCUUUGGAUAUGAAUAUUAGAUGUUGUUUUCUGCAUCACUUGCCAUGAUUUUACUUGGAUGUUUUGUUCCAUUUCUCCAUUUGACUGAAGUUGAUCUUUUGUUUCCUCCAGUCUGUUCAGAAAGUUGCCCAUUUACUUUAUGUACAAAUAUGUAUGACUUGUUAGUGAUUUAUCAUUUUACACUGUAUAGAAAUAUCUGCAAAAGCAAUUCACAUUUGUAGCAGGAAAGGACCUGUGCAUGUUUUGUAAUGCUUUACUUUUUUCAAAGUGCAGUCUACUGUUUGUUCCAUCAGCCAACUACUUCCAACUAUUCUCAAUCAAUCAUCUGGUUUAUCUGACACAGCCCAGAAGUUAAAAAUACAGAUAAGCCAAAGCUGAGAUUCCAACACCAGUUUGCUUCAAUGAAAAAGCACUCUAACCAUGAAAGCUACUACAAACAUACCUGUCAUUUGACUUGUAUAUCAGUAGUGCAGCACCAUUUCGGUUUCAUGAUCUGGCUUGUUCAAAUAGUAAAGCCUUUAGCUUGGGCUAUUGUAAAAGUUGAAUGUCAAGCUAUAUCAUCACUUUCCUGAGUGAAAGUGAGGACGACAGAUGUUGGAGAUCAAAGUCAAAAAGUGUGGCGUCGAAGAGCGCACAUCUGAGAAGCAGGAGAGUCGAUGUUUCAAGCAUAAACUCUUCAGGAAUGAUGAAGCGCUUAUGCUUAAAAUGUCAACUCUCCUGCUCCUCGGAUGCUGCCUGACAGGCUGUGUUUUUCCAGCACCACACUUUUUGACUAUAUUUUCUCCUCCAGCAUUGGUAAUAAAUUUUCUCUUGGUAUAUAAUUACUUGAGCAUUGAGGUGGACAAGGAUAACAUGGAAAUUGUUACUUUGAAUGCAGGACAUUUAAUUUUAAUCACCUGUCCCAUUCUGCAUGGGGUCACUUUGUUAUAAAUAUAACAUGAAUUCAGGAUAACUGGAGAGGUAGGUGUAAUGGUGAGUGAGAGUGGAACAAUUCUUUCCAUAUUUUGAUAGUUUAAUUGUUUUGCUUUAAAAGUAGCAGUAUUAUAAUUGUGAUAAAGGAUAACACAGUAAAACAGCACAUUUCAUGUAAUAUUUAUUCCUGAUGCCUGUUAAAAGGCAUGAUGACAGAACUGAAUUUAUCUUUGCAGGGUAUUUUGGGACAGCAGUACAUUUCGCAUUGCAAGUAUAAAAUAGAUAUAAUUUGUCAGUGAGGCAUGUUAAUGCAAUAAUUUGAAUUUUACUUCGUACAGAUUUGCUUUCAAUAUCCAUUAUUUGCUUAAUGCAAAUUCCGGCCAUGUUUGCCAAAAAUAUUAAUCAGGUCAAUAUUAUUCCCUAACCAUAGGGACUAUGACUGUCUUUAGCACAAGUACGAGAGCUGUAAUAUUCCACUUUAGGUCAAAUGCGUAUUUAUUUUGGGGUCUAUUUAUGUCCAAUCUGUUUAAUAAAGGAGACUUUGCAUCUUC